AUGGGCGUCCAGGACCAGAACACUCCAUUACAUCUCGCUGCCUUUAAUGGACGCACACCUACAGUGGAGGAGUUACUACAUAAAGGUGCUAAUGUGAAUGCUGUUGAUAAAUACAACAAGACUCCACUGCACUAUGCAGUAGAAAAAGGUGAUCAUGAAUCAGUUCAGAUAUUGAUAUCAGCAGGUGCUAAUGUAGACGUAGUUGAUGAGGAUCAGAACACUCCAUUACAUCUCGCUGCCUGUUUUGGAUACACUCCUAUAGUGGAGAAGUUACUACAUAAAGGUGCUAAUGUGAAUGCUGUCAAUAAA